AUGGAAGAUUCCCCUCCUGCUAUCCCGGCCAACGAUGAACCUAAAUAUGGUGGAUUUAGUCGCUUUGAGAUUGAGCUCGAGUUCGUCCAAGCCCUAGCGAAUCCCUCCUACCUAAACCACCUUGCGUCGCAAAAGCUCCUCAACGAACCUGCCUUUGUCGCCUACCUGUCCUAUCUGCGAUACUGGUCGCGCCCACCGUACAUCAAGUACCUGAACUACCCAGGUCCGACGCUGAAGCAUCUAGAGCUGCUACAGAAAGAACGCUUCCGCCAGGACAUCAUCAGUCCCGAGCUAGAGCAGGCUUUGAUUCAGGAGGGGGCCAAGGCGUCAGUAGACUGGCACAAGGGUGAUUAG